AUGAGUCAUGAUUUAGCUAGCAAUUCAGACGUUAAUGGGCAUGACAGUUUGUAUAGCCAUUUACAACACUUUCUAAACGAUGAUAACAUUGACCACAACUAUCUAAUAGCCAAGCAAACACUAGUAAAUUCCCCAGCAAUUUUACAUAUCUACACAGAUUUCAAAGUUAAAAUAAACAAGCCAUUCAAAGGUCUGUCAAGUAAGUUGUUGAAUGAUGCAGAAUAUCAGUAUUUAACUCCCCCAGAGGAGGACUCACAAAUGGACGCGUUUGACGAGGAUGAUGACAUAUUAGAGGAGUUGAAUACGUCUGCGACUGGGGGUAUAGAGCAGGUCGAAAAGGAGGAAGACCCUGUUUUUGAGCUAGCUCAUGUGCUUGUAAAGUAUCAGUCUAUCCUUAUCAAUGGAGUUGAUUACAGAUUCAAGUCAGCUGUGAGGUCAUCAUGCAUAAUACGGGCCAGUCUAGCUCAAGAGGAAGAUCAUAUUCUUGUGUCGCUAAAAUCUGGGUUUCUUCUUUUACUAAGAAUUUUCCUAGUACCGAGGAAUAUCAGGGACAUAGACUACGGGUAUAAACCACUCCUGAAGGAUCGACCUUUUGUAUUCAAGCCAUUUAUUGUGCAAUGGUGGAACUUGCAGCAGAAACUGAACUACCCAGAGCUCAAUACAAGCGGAUUUGUUCUCAGAUCUUCCCCAUCGGGACUUUCAACAAUAUCAUGCUCAGCAUCGCAGUCAUUUCGUAUUUACAAAACGGUGGAGCAGUCUAAUUGUGGUACAGUCUUGCAGAAUCAUUUGAACGUCCCGUUGAAUGGAUUCUUGGUUGAUUCUUGCUUUAUUGAGUCAAAGUCCGCGAUGCAGACCGACAUGUUUUUAAGCUUAGUGUUUACCGAGCACAGGAGAUUAUACAUAAAUUUAUUUAGCUGGUUUAAUUUUUACUCCAGUGACCCAAGCAUAUCCAAAUCUUCCCUUCCUUUGGAGAAUACUUUUGACAUACCCAUAUUUAUUGCCCCGUUGCUCCAAAAUUCCGCAUUCCUUUUUGUUUCGCCUACGAAGCUAACAGUCAUCUCGGUGCAUGAUAUCAUAUCAGGUCAUUACGAGUUUAAAUCGUCCGACUUUCGAGCCGGUUCCUUUCCUACAAACUUUUAUGUACCAAAGUCACAAAUAAGAAGCAUGGGAGAUUAUGAAGUGGACGAGGUUCUAUUAUCUUCAGAUAUAGGAGUUUUCUAUUCGAUCUUGAUUUCUAAAAGUGGAAUUGAAUCGAUAGCACCGAUUGCUAGAGCUUCAGAAAAUAUUACGACAUUUACGUUUGAGAGAACUUCUGCUGGUUAUGAGCUAAAAUAUGCAAGUGCAAGUGGCCAAACCAAUACCGUUAUACUAAGUGAACUAUAUGAACCAGAGUAUACAUGUGAUAUUAAAAAUGAUACGAAGUUGUCUCACUCCAAGACGGAGCUAUUGGAAAAAUCGCCCAAUUGGGCUCCUGUGAUAGACUUUCAAGUUGUUCCUUCGUCUGUUUCUGGUGAGUUUGAUCGUUUGAAAAAGGAUGAAUUUUGGUCCAUCACUGGGUCUGCCUCGAGAUUUAAGCUUUCACAUAUUAAGGUAGGUUAUUACGGCUCAAAGCAAGAUGAAGGCUAUAUAGAGCUCAGAAAAGUAGUUCAGUCCUGGCUAUUAGAACUACUUUCAAGACUGGUUUUGAUAUGUGCCUUUUCAUUUGAGACCAAACUUCUUGAAUUUGAUGGCAGUUCUGAUAACGACAUGGUUGAAGUUGAGGAUGCAGAGAUUUGCAAAGACGAGCAAACUAUAUUUUGUGGUGUAGUUAGGUCACUGCAGUUUACCAAUGCUAUUGCUGAUGAUGUUGAUUAUAUAAUUCAAGUUACUACAAGGUCGGUAACGGUGACCGAUUUGACAUCAUUACACACUUGUAUCACAAACCAAUGCAUAUUGUUUGCUGAGGUAAGUGGUGAUAAACUUCUCUUGAUCAUCGAGAAGGAGGAAAAAGUAAUACUUUGCAAGUAUAUACUUGAGCUUGUUACUGCCACCGGUGACUUGAGUUUGGUUAUCAACCCGCAGUUGGUAUCUGAAGUGACCUUGGACUUUCAACCAUCAAUGAUGAAGAGAUGCAUGGUAGGUAGUCUUGAUAUGAUUGCUAUUGGGUCAUACGAGGGGUUCAUUAAUUUCUAUCCGCUAAACGAGGAAUUCUUGGCACCAAUGGACAAAUUUGAAAUUCACAAACGGUUAAUGCAAGUCUCCGAGUUUGUUCCCCAUGACUUGGUAUCGAUAAAGAAUCACAUCUAUGUGGGCGCUGCAGAUGGCAACUUUGCCCAAUUUUCCUUUGAUGGUUUGACCAAGUGCGACUCAUUUUUAAAGGUAGGAGAUCGGGAGGUGAAAGUGCAAGCGAGCAGGGACCAAACCUUUGUCUACAUACGAUGCAAAGAUUUGUACAUGAUGGAUUUACAAAACAGUACCUAUCCGAUGCUUGUCCAGUUUAACGAUAUGACUCCCAAAAUUGUAAACUCUGUGGUUGAAUUCCCCCCUACUAUUGAAUUACCAACCUACAAAAGGUUAGGAGUAUUUCGGGAUAAUGGCUUCGCCAUUACCCAUGUAACAACAUUUACCAAACCUAUGAUCAAGCAAGUCCGCAUACCGGAUGAACCAAAGAAGCUAUUGUAUCUCCCACAUAUUUCAAUUUUUAUGUUGUUAUGUGGUUCCCAACGUGGGAAGCUAAAAUUUGUCGACCGACAGAAACACAGGAUUUUGGAACACACAGAAGUUAACUCAAAGCGACCUGGUGAAGAGAGAAUUCUAAGCGAAAAUGAGGUGGCCCAAUGUGCUUGCAUAUGGAGGAUAGAGCGACACGAUCGAACAAAAUAUAAAGUACUUCUAGGAUGUUGUAAUACUAGUAAUGAGAAAAACACUGGAUUGAUUAAAGUAUUGAAUAUAAAAAGAAAUAAAACGAAUGAAACCCCGUCUGUUAGCGUUUUGGUAUUGGCUUCGUUUAAUAGUCGAGAACCUGUAACACAUAUACAGCAAGUUCAUGAGCGGAUCUUUUUCACGGGUGAAAAUACAAUAUAUUACACUUUGUACGAUGAAGUUGAAAAGAAGUUGAUGCCAGUCCAAUGUUUUAGGCAGUUGCCUAGUAAAAUCAUUUCAAUGAGCGUUGCCGGAAACACUAUUUUGGUUACUACACAAGAAGAUUCCAUAUUCCAAUUUGAUAGUUCAUCACUGGAAAAUAUCAAAGUCUGUUAUCCUAAAUCGAUUCCCAUGAUUGACCAGGUUAAUUAUGGAGACAGGGUUUUUGCUAGUGCAAAAAACUCCCUGAUUGUUGUCAUGAAUUCUAGUGAUACAACAUUGUACUCUUUAAAAGGAACCAAGAUACAUACUUCAGGUAUUGCACGACUAGCGCCAGCUAACUUGACUAAUCCUUGGUCUGAAAGUAGCGAUGCUGGGAAAGUUGUAAUUGGUGCAACAAUAAGUGGCGAAGUUUUCCUACUACGAUUGGUUGAGCAGAAUUGCAAAGAAAUUGAAGAUUUAGUCGCCGAGUUGAACAAAAGUUCAGCAUUUGAUUUAUCCUUAGUUGACCACUUGAAUAAGAUAAAUCGUCCCUUCAUAGGCAAAUUAAGUGGCACAGGCUUGUUAUCGCUCAACAAACCGUACUUCGAUUACCCUGAGAAUAGAGUUGAUCCAAGUGCAAAAAAGGCUCUAAUGGUCUUAGACUAUGAUCUUGAUGAGUUGAGUGCAAAUAGAGCAAAACUUAAUAUCUGA